AUGGAGAUGGUGGUGGGCGCGUCGGAGGCGACGAUGAAGUCGCUGCUGAGCAAGCUGGGCGGGCUGCUGGCGCACGAGUACGCGCUCAUCCGCGGCGUCCGCGGCGACAUCCAGUACAUCAACGACGAGAUGGCCAGCAUGCAGGCCUUCCUCGUCGACCUCGUCCCCCGGGGCCACGACAGCCGGAUGAAGGACUGGAUGAAGCAGAUCCGCGAUGUCACCUACGACAUCGAGGAUUGCGUCGACGACUUCGCGCACCGCCUCCCCCACGACCCCGCCGCCGGCGGCGACGUCUGCUGCGCCUUCAUCGUCUCCCCGGUCUACGAGAUCUGGACCUGGCGGCCUCGCCGCACCAUCGCCUCAUCCAUCGCCGAGCUCAAGGUGCGCGCGCAGCAGAUCGGGGAGCGCCGGACCAGGUACGGCGUGGAGAACCCCAGGACCUUGGAGGGCGAGUCCGGCGGAGCUCUCCCCAAAUUCGAAACCGCCGAGUACCAGCACACGACCCUUGCGCUCGUUGGCACCAAGAAGCCCGUCGGAGUGGAAGAGGAGAUGAAGGAACUCGGCAGGUGGCUGACAUUGCAACAGCCAUCUGCCCACGAUUCCUCCUCCUCCUCCUCCUCCUCCUCCUCAGACCCUGCAUCCCAAACGGAUGCUCUGAAGCAAGACCACGCCGUGCUGUCCAUCGUCGGCUUCGGAGGGGUCGGCAAGACGACCAUCGCCACGGCCUUGUACCAGGCAUACAGCGAUCAAUUCGACCGCCGGGCGACGGUCACCGUGUCGCAGAGCUCUGACAUUGACAUGAUACUGCUGACCAUACUCAGUCAAGUCAAGCCGCAAUCCAAAGAUGAUAACGAGCAGCAAGGCAGCAACGGUGGUGGCCCCUCCGACAGGAAAUCCCUCAUGGCUACCAUUGGAACAGUAUGGGGUACUAUCAUGCACAAGGGCCGCAAGGACGAUGAGCAGCGAGGUGGCGGCACCUCUCAGACAACAAAAGAUCUCAAGCAGCACUUGGAGGAGCACUUGGUGAAAAACAGUUACUUGCUCUUAGUUGAUGAUGUGUGGUCUGCACCAAUGUGGAAGAAGAUAAAGAAUUCAUUGCCUAAAAGUAAUAAAGGCAGUAGAAUAAUAGUUACCACACGCUUUCAAGCUGUUGCCAAUGAGUGCAGAAGAUAUAAAGGAGAUCACAUUCAUAAAGUUGUGGUACUUAGUGACAAUAAGCCAAAAGAAUUAUUCAUGGCCGAAUCUGGAAUUAGCGUGGACAAGCCUAAAGAAAACCAGGAGAAAAUUCCAGCCAGACUCUGGGAAAUGUGCGGGGGUCUGCCAUUGGCCAUUGUUACCAUGGCUGGUUAUGCUGCUUGCAAUCCAGACAAACUGGUGGACAAGUGGGAUGAGGUUUGCAGUACACUGGUACCAGUCUCCGGGAAAGCUCUUGGCCAGGACGGAGUCACCAGGAUACUCAGUCACUGCUACAAUGAUAUGCCUGGUGAGAUCAAGACUUGCUCCUUGUAUCUGUGCAUAUUCCCAAAGGGCCGCAAGGUCAGCAGGAAGCGGCUGACGAGGCGAUGGCUAGCAGAGAGAUUUGUCAGUGAGAAAGAUGGGUUGAGUGCUGAAGAUGUCGCAGAGGCAUACUUCAAUCAUCUCGUAAGGAGGAAGAUUAUACGGGCUGUGGAGCACAACAGCAACGGCAAGGUGAAGAGCUACCAAGUCCAUGACAUGGUUCUCGAGUACAUCGUAUCCAAGGCAAGUGAAGAAAACUUCGUCACCGUGGUCGGUGGCCACUGGCUCAUGGCGCCACCUAGCAACAAAGUCCGCCGUCUGUCCCUCCAAGUUAGCGACACGAAACACAAGAAAUCAAUGGAGAGCAUGAAUUUAACUCAUGUCCGAUCUCUGACCAUGUUUGGGAGCUUGACCCAACUGCCUUCUAAUUCAUUGAAAUUUGGAAUUGUGCAAGUACUGGACCUUGAAGGUUGCAAGGAUUUCAAACAACAUCAUGCUGAGGAGAUAUGCAAGAUGCUUCUACUCAAGUAUCUAAGCCUCCGAAGGACAGACAUUGACAAGAUUCCCAAAAAAAUUGGAAAGCUCCAGUAUUUGGAGACUCUUGACAUAAGAGAGACCAAUGUCACAGAGUUGCCGAACACCAUCUGCCUGCUUGAACGAGUGGAGAACAUACUUGGUGGGAACAAAAGAACACGGAAGGCACUGAAACUUCCCGAAGAUCUGAAGAAGGAAACAAUGAAAAGCCUGCGUAUACUGUCAGGUAUUGAGAUUGUCGAGGGACAAGGCACAGUGGCAGACUUUCAUCAUCUGACAGAUCUGAGGAAGCUUACCAUUUACAGGCUCAACCUCAAAAAGGGUAGUGAGCUUUUUGGAGAACUAAGCUCCUCGAUCGAGUACCUUGGUGGCUAUUCUCUCCACACCCUGGUGAUCGACGAUGAGUCGUCUGAGUUUCUGAUAUCACUAGGUGCUCUCUCUUCCCCUCCAAAGUUUCUCAAUGCUCUAGAGCUGUCCGGCAAGCUGGUUGAGCUCCCAAAAUGGAUCACAGAGCUGGAUGCCCUCACGAAGCUGACCCUCUCGGUGACGGUGCUCACUGCUGAUGCUUUGCACGUAUUGAGCAAGCUCAAUACAUUGUUCUCGCUCACAUUUUCGCUCACUGCAGCAAAGCAGGACCCAGAAACAAUCUUCAUCAUCGAGGAGAACAAAGGGCGCUCUGAUGGGCAGAUAAUGGUUCCAACUGGUGGAUUUGAGAAUCUCAAGCUUCUUCGCUUCUUGGCUCCUUUCGUGCCGCGGCUAAGCUUUCCAAAAAAUUCGUUGCCGAAGCUCGAAAGGCUUGAGCUUCGGUUCAGCAUGUUUGAGGGACUGUAUGGCUUAGAAAACCUUGCAGAGCUCAAAGAGGUGCAUCUCAGAGUGCAUGACAAAGCAGACGAGACUACAAAGUCGUUGGUAGAAGGUAUGGCAACUGCAGCCAGGGAAGGUAACAAGUGCCCUAGAAUUAUCGUCGAUCAGUAUCACGGGCGAGAGUGA